AUGAAGGAAGAACAAAAGAAUCCCGCAUACGUCAAGGAACAACACCCCUUUGGUCGCAUGCCUGUCAUCCAAGAUGGAGAUUUUCAACUCUUUGAAUCCCGAGCCAUUUGCCGCUACCUCGUCACCGAGUUUGGCGGUCCCUUUAGCUCUCUUGAUGCCGUCAUGAGCGGUGAUCCAGUCACGGUUGGGAACUUUGAGAAGGCUCUCAGUAUUGACUACUCCUACUUUGACCCAUCCGUCAGGGCGUUGUGCAACGAGAAGAUGUGGAAGAACCCAGCUGAGCCGACGUAUCCUUCUCAAGUGGAAAAGGCAACUGAAAUGUUCAAAACUGCACUUGACUAUUACGAAGACUUCCUGGGCUCCAAUGCUUACCUAGCUGGGAAUAACUUCAGCCUUGCUGACAUGUAUAUUUUCAUCUGGAUGCCUUACAUCCACUUGAUAGGCCUGUACGAAGAAGUUACCGCGAGACCACAUGUUGAAGAUUUGUGGAAGCGGGUUUCGGGCCGCUCGGCCCGGAAAUCUGCUGUGAAGGAUAUGCCGCAGUAG